AUGGCAACGGGCCCCCGGGGCGGCGGGCGGGGCGCGGCGCUGGCGCUGGGGCUGGCGCUGGCGCUGGCGCUGGGGCCGGGGCCGGGGCCGGGGCCGGGGCCGGCCCGGGCGGCGGGGCCCGUGGUCCGCUGCGAGCAGUGCGACGCCCGGGCGCUGGAGCAGUGCAAGCCGCCGCGGCCCGACUGCGCCGAGCGGGUCCGGGAGCCCGGCUGCGGCUGCUGCCUCACCUGCGCCCUGCGCCGCGGCCGCCCCUGCGGCGUCUACAGCGAGCGCUGCGCCGCCGGCCUCACCUGCCAGCCCCCGCCCGGCGAGGCCCGCCCGCUCCAGGCGCUGCUCGACGGCCGCGGCCUCUGCACCGACGCCGCCGACGCGCCGGGGAAGCUGCGAGCCCUCCUGCUGCAGGGCCCCUCCAGGACCGGCAAUUCCAGUGAUUCCGAAGAAGACCGGAACACCAGUAGCCUAGAGACCCAGGCCAUACCCAAUGCUCACAGGGUUCUGGACUCCAAGCCUCAUCCGCAUCACACCAAAAUAGAUAUCAUCAGAAAAGGACAAGCCAAAGAUCAGCAACGCUAUAAAGUGGAAUAUGAUUCACAAAGUACAGACACACAGAAUUUCUCUUCUGAAUCCAAGCAGGAAACUGAAUAUGGUCCUUGCCGCAGAGAAAUGGAGGACACGUUAAACCACCUAAAGUUUCUGAACGUCUUGAGCCCACGGGGUGUUCACAUUCCAAACUGCGAUAAGAAGGGAUUCUAUAAGAAAAAGCAAUGCCGCCCAUCCAAAGGCAGGAAGAGGGGAAUCUGUUGGUGCGUGGAUAAAUACGGACAGCCUCUCCCUGGAUACGAAGGGAAGGGGAAAGGGGAUGUCCACUGCUACAAUUUGGAGAGUAAAUGAGAGGCGGAUACAGUCUCUUAUGGAAUCUGUGCGCGGCAGGGUAUCCCAUCAGACAGAGACCUUGGCAGGGGUGAGAAGAAGGCAUGAACUGCACUGGAUUUGGAGUUUUGAGUUCUGCCUCCUUCUGAUAAUUCGAGGGAUUUAUAGACUGACUCUCUGGACACUGCAGCUGUGCCCUGCCACUGACACAUUUCCAGCUUUCUAUCCAGUCUAGAGGGAGCUCUGAAUUCCCAAGUAAAUCUGCACUAUCGAUCCCCAGAGAGAGAGAGAGAGA